AUGUUGAAGCGUCUUUUGCAACGACGAAUACCGGGUUUAAAAUUGAUGUCACAGGCACUUAAACGAUCGGCGUCGCGGGAGGAUGUGCAGACAGCUUCUGCAACGGCAGCAAAAAAGUUCAAGCAGAAUAUCCCGCCCAGUGCAGUUUCCGAGGCAGAUGUGGGUAUCACCCAAUUUAUAAACACCGUUUCCACCGGCUUCCGGGGUUCGUUGAAGACGAUGCAUUCCGACUUCCAGGUCAAUGAAAUUGAUCCUAGUGGCACUGUGGUGCACUUGGUGGAUGAAGGGAUUGAGAUGGGGAAAAGUAACCGAGAACGGAGGGAGGAGCGUAAACAACGGGAGAGGGUUGAAUUUGCAGGGAAAACAGCUGAAGAAAUCGCCGAGAUUAAGAAAAAGCGCCAGGAGUUGGAGCAGGAACAGGAACAAGAGCAUGGAGCGAAAUACACUUUAUCCGAGGAGGAUAGGGAGGAGUUGUUGAGUUUGAUUACCUCUGACGAGUUGCAGAAGAUUCAAGAGUUGUUCCACACGGGCAACAAGAUGGAGACCCAGACUAGUUUCAACGAUAAAGAGCAAAGAACAAGGUUGCACCAGCUUCUUCGUCGCGCUUUCCAAGGCAAUCUCGAGACUGUGACGUCGCCGGAGAACACAUUCAAAAUAGCGAUAGCCAAGAAAAAGGGCAGUUUCAGUCGAGGCAAGAGGAGCGGCAAUGAUCAAGAUAGCAUGCACCACAUUGAUGCCAACGGGGUGGUCAACUACGGCUUGGGGAAAUUCAAGCCGUAUUUGCACUUCACCGUGUACAAACAGAAUCGAGACACCAUGGAUAUCGCCCAUAAUAUGAGCAAAUUGUUACGUAUACCGAACAAAGCCAUCAAUUUCGCGGGGACCAAGGACCGUCGGGGUGUCACAUGCCAGAAAUUCAGCAUCCACAAGGGCAAAGUAUUGCGAGUUAGCUCGUUGAACAAAAUGACCAACAGCGGGUUCAAAUUGGGCUCAUUCAGCUACCAAGACGCGCCGUUGAAGUUGGGGGAUUUGUUGGGUAACGAGUUCACAAUCACUUUGCGUGACGUUAAGCUCGCUGAUGAAUCCGGCGGGGCAAACCUUUGCGAUAUCGUGGCUGAAAGCUUUGCAAGCUUGCAAACCAAAGGGUUCAUUAACUACUUUGGGUUGCAAAGAUUUGGCACAUUUUCCGUGCCCACGCACGAAUUUGGUAUUGCGUUGCUUCAAGAGGACUGGGGCAAGUUUGUCGAGUUGAUUUUAUCGGAGCAAGAUGUUGUUGCCCCCGCCACCACUGAAUGCAGAAGAAUAUGGAAAGAGACCAAAGACCCGCAACGGGCCCUCGAUGCGUUGCCAAAGCAUUUUGUAGCUGAAAACCAUAUUCUCAAGGCGUUGUGCAAGGAGAAGCGCAACGAGGAUGGAUCUUUCAACCGCCACUCGUAUUUGACGAGUAUAAUGGCGAUACCGAAGAACUUGAGAAUGAUGUACGUGCACGCUUACCAAUCCUACGUUUGGAACUUGGUUGCCUCCAAACGAGUUGAGAUGUUUGGGUUGGAAGUGCAAGAAGGCGAUCUUGUGUUGGACCAAACAAGGGCCGCUGAAAUGGGAAACAGAGUGCACCUUGACGAAGACGGGUUUGAAGAAGACGUAGCUGAGUAUGGCGAAGUGCCCGUGCACGCAAUCACCAAGGAAGACAUCGAGAGUCGGAAAUAUACCAUUUUCGACGUGGUUUUACCAACAGCGGGGUUCAAGAUCCAGUACCCCACGAAUGCAAAAUUGAGACAGGUUUACAUUGACGAAAUGGCAAGGGAUAAACUCGACGCUUUCAACUUGAGAAGGAAAAACAAGGAGUUUUCACUCACGGGAACUUACAGGAACUUGAUCACCAAGCCCAUGCACUUGUCGUAUGACAUUGUUCCAUACUAUGACGACUACCUGCCGAUUGUGCUCACCGAUUUAGAAGUGCUUGAAAAGAAAAAGCAGGCGGAGCCAGAAGAAGACAAGGAAGAAAAAGAGCCGACAAAAGAGGCUGAAAUCGCCCGAAUUAUACCACAGACGCAGACAAAAGAAGCCGAUUCCGAUUGCAAAGAGAAAUUAGCCGUGGUUUUGAAAAUGCAAUUGGGCGUGAGCUCGUAUGCCACGAUGGCCUUGCGGGAGUUUAUGAAGAUUGACACUUCCAGAAACAACAACAACAACGCCAAUUGA